AUGGAAGCGGUGGAGAGCCGUGCAAGGAAGCUGGAGCAGCUGGCGGUACAGCAGCAGCUCCGAGCCGCCUACGGGAUCAAAAUAAAGAACCGGCCGGUGAAAGGGAAGCCGUCGCGAUCGGCACCGGCUGGGAACAGAGGGGGCAGAGUCUUUGGAAUACCUCUUCAUGAAUUACCUCAUCAGGUUGUGCCUGAAUAUGGCAGUAUACCUUGUUUUUUAGUUGAUGCUUGUAAAUACUUGGAAGAACACAUUCAUACUGAAGGGCUCUUCAGAAAAUCUGGAUCAUUUGUUCGCUUAAGAACAUUAAAGAGUAAAUUGGACCAAGGUGAAGACUGCCUGUCUACUGCUCAGCCAUGUGAUGUUGCAGGACUUCUGAAGCAGUUCUUUAGAGAAUUGCCAGAGCCCAUUCUCCCAAGUGACCUGCAAGAAGCUCUAAUCAAGGCUCAACAGCUAGAUAGUGAGAAGAAGAAGUCUGCCACGCUGCUGCUCUCAUGUCUUGUAAAUGACAAGACAACUGAUGCGCUCAGAUAUUUUUUCAAGUUUCUCAAGAAGGUGUCUCUAAGAUCUGUUGAGAACAAAAUGGACAGUAGCAACCUGGCAGUAAUUUUUGCUCCAAAUCUCUUGCAAUCAAGUGAAACCGACAAAAUGUCAGCUCAUACAGAGAGGAAACUUCGUUUGCAGGCUGCAGUUCUCCAGACACUGAUUGAUCAUGCAGAAGAUAUAGGGCAUAUACCAAAGUUUAUCCUGGAAAAGUUACCUGCUAUGCUUGGUAUUGAUGAUCCUGUUGCUUUUCCUUUGCUGCAAGAAUAUGAAGAAAAUGAAGUUGUAACUCCUGGUGAACACACAAGAAACAGAAGACGGAGCAUAGGAGGUAUGGUUAGUGGAGCUCUGAAUAAACUUAAAUCUAACAGAACACCUUCCAUUACACCUCAGAGAGACAGGCAUGUUUUUCCAUCAGUGACUCCAGUGAUUAUUACGCCAAAUUUUAAGCGUAAACAUCCCACUGAUUCCUGUCAAGGCUUCUCUAACAAGAAAAGACGAUCUAUCAGGCAUAAUAUGGGUCUUGAAUUGCUCCCAAGUAGCAUUUUUAACAUUAACUCAACACCCGGAUCAGCUCAAUCUGAAACGAGUCCUUCUGUGUUGCUUGAUGCAUCUCAGAGUUCACUGUCUGCCUCUGUCUCUAGCGAAAAACAGCUGCAUAAUAUAGGAAAUCGAAGAAGCAAAAGGAUUGCUAGCAAAAAAGUACAAAGGGUUGAGUCUGGAAAAAUGGGUUGCUUUUCUCCCAAAAUUAGCCGGAAAGAAAUGGUACGCAGGUCACUGAGAUUAAAAUUCAUUCUGGGAAGGAACAACAAAGAGAAUACUGCAGUAGAGAAUCAAGCUAGCAACAGAUCUGAAAACAUUGGUCGCCGACUUGCAAGUCAGCAAGACACGGAAAGUGGAGUGGAUUCUAGGAGGACAGUUGCUCUAUUAAGCCCAUGUGUUGGUUCCAAAAAUAUCAGUAAGUCAGAAGAAAACUUGAAAAUUCCAAACCAUAAUGAAGCAAGCUACCGGAUGUCCUGGACAGGCUCCAGUAUUACAGAAUCUAAGCAAACAAGUAGCAUUGGUACAAAUUUAAUGGCACAUCUUGCAGCAGAGGCAUCUUCUUCAGAACCUGUUCUUACAUUUAGAGAACCACCAAUCAUUCCUGCUAAGUCUACGCCUGUAGAUGGACAGGACGAACAGGUUAAUAAUAAACUACGAGCCUCUUUUUGUGAGGAUCAGAAUUACUUGACUGCAGACACUUUACUUAAAAUUCAGAAAGCAUUUUCUGAAUCUGGAAGCAAUCUUCAAAAUUUAUUUGAAACUAAACAUUCAAAAUCAAAUUUAAUACAAGGAACAACAUCCUUUUUGGAAGUCAAUUUGGAGAGAACCAGCUUGAAAAGUCAAAAAGUGACAAAUGAAGAGCUGGGGACUCUGUCCAGUACAGAUCAAAACAAUGCAGUUGAUGGAUCCUACUUCCAAAAUACUGAUAAUACAACCCAUGAUUUAAGCAAAAGUGAUGGAUAUAUACAAGAGGAUCACCUGGCUGCAAUGACAUCUUCAGGUAUCCAGUUAGACAGCACAGAUACUCUGCAAGAGGAGGUACUGGAAUCAAAUGAGCAAUUCACAGCAGAAGAAAUUACUGAGGAAAAAAAUGGUAAUGCAAAGAGAGAGAUUAAAGAAUGUCUUAAAAAAAGAGAACUUGCCCCUCAGUUGCCAGAAGAUGAAGAUAGGAAUGACAAACAGUAUUUACACAUGGAUGCUCAUGAGAAAUCUAAAUUUUCACCUGUAGGAAAAGUUGCUGAUCAUGUACAUUGGUUCAACAAACUUUCAUUAAAUGAACCAGUUUCUGCAGCAAAAACCAAACCACCACUUAAGUUCCAGCGUACACCUGUCCGUCAAUCUGUAAGGAGAAUGAACUCUCUCCUUGAAGCUAACAAGCAGUCAGUUGCUUGUAAACUAAAGAAAGCAGGAGAAGAAUGUCCUUCUCUUCCAAAGUCAUUGAGCUAUGAAACUGUGCUCUCUUCUUUCUGUGCAGAAAAUAAAUCAAAUACAUUUUCACUGAUUCCUGCAGAAGUAACACACCAGCCAACACCUGAUGAGUUUGCUGUAUCUUCCAGAUCCUUUCCACAGUUCACACCUGCAUUAGACCAAGCCAUCAAGCCUGGUGCAACCUACAAAAAGAGUGUGACUACUAAUUCACAUUCCAAGGCUGUGCUUGAGGACCUAACUAAUCACGAAGCACCAAAAACUGCUGUAAAACUGAACACAAGUGGGACUGUUUCACAUAAUACAUCUGAUAAAUGUAUUCUCAGGAAAACAGAAAGAACGGCUCAGUAUAGGGGUUCUCCAAAAAACCCAAUAGCCACUGUGAAAUUUCUUCCAACUGUUAAACCUCUUGACUUAUAGGUUUAAAAGUGUAGUCUCGGUCUUAUUUCAGUGAUCUGAAAUUAGUAUUGCACCCAAGUCCGUUAGCUGUUUGUCUUAAACUAUUGAAUCUGCCUUUACAGUGCUGCCAAGGGCAGAAUGUAAGUGGAUGUUUCUUCAUGUCAAUGAAAACGUACAUUGUGACUGAAACUUGAACAAGUGAAAUCUUUUGGGUAGUAUUUUUUGUGGCUCCUUGAUCAGUAUUUGAUUUUAUGUUUUGACUGGAUUGUGUGUGGGUGCUUGCUAUGUAGCUACUGUUAAUUCAGAUUUCAGAAAUUACAAGGCAGCAGUUUCUAGUUGAUCUUCUGAAGUUUUUUUAAGUUGUGUUUGUAAAGAAGUGCAGUCCUUAUUUGCAAGGUUUAACAUGCAAGGCUUGAAUUUUGCAAGAGUUGUUUUGGAUACUUGGCAAAUCCAAGUAAAUGUUAGGUUUCUUGUCAGGCACUUCCUGUACAACUGUUUAAAAACUAGUAGCAGGUGUGUGCUUCUGGUACAGGAGGUGAAUUUUUUCUUUUACCACCAAAUUUACCAUUUUUCUGUAUAGACAACCUUGUAAUUCUACAUGGAUGCACAUUGAAACU